GAGCUACCGGGACAAUCCCUAAUGUAAAGAUCAAGUCCCGAUCCCGGACUAAAUGCCUCCGGGACGGCAUCUGUCCCGAAUUCCUCGACACUGUGCAAUGUUACAGGUUAGCCCUGUUACCAAACCUUCUUAUAUAACAUCCUGGUCGAGUCACGGGCGAGAGAACUACAUUUCCCAUGAUUCGUUGCUAGCGAGAAACACGAACGGCUUUCUUGAGUUAAGAGAACAGCUGCAGACCGGAGAGAUUAAGCGCUCGCACCACACAGCGGCUCUGCGUUCUGGAGACUGCGAUGUUCCAGCUUGCUGCUUCUCUGUUCCUGAUUCUUCUGCUCUGAGACAAACAGACAGAGAGAGAGACAGAGAAAGAGAGAGAGUACGCGAUUCUCCUGUAAGGGAAGAAGAAACAAGGGAACGUUAUAAAGACGACUGAAGAAGACACGGCGACACAGAGGAUGCGUGUCCCAGGGCAGCUGUAUCUCACCUAUCUGCUGGCUCUGUGCCUGGGUUUGCUGUGCGUGAUUUUCGUGGUGUACUGGAACGCGACGUGGCGCGGUGGCUUUGCUUGGGACGGCUCAGCGAUGCAGUUUAACUGGCACCCAGUGCUCAUGGUGACUGGGCUGACGGUGCUGUAUGGGAAGGCGGCAGUGCUGUACCGGCUCCCCCUCACCUGGGGAGGCUCCAAGCUGCCCUGGAAGCUGCUGCACGCCAGCCUCACGCUGCUGUCUUUCCUGCUGGCCGUGCUGGGGCUAAUUGCUGUCUUCGACUUCCACAACAAGGGCCACACCCCCAACCUGUACUCCCUGCACAGCUGGAUCGGCAUCAGCACUGUGGCCCUGUUCACAGGACAGUGGCUGCUGGGCCUGGCCUCCUUCCUUCUGCCCUGCACCCCCCUGGAGCUCCGCCGACGCGCCAAGCCACUGCAUGUGUGGCUGGGCAGCACCAUCUUCAUCCUGGGCAUCGCAGCCUCCGUCUCGGGCAUCAACGAGAAGCUCAUCUUCUCCCUGAAAGGUAACAAUGGGACGGCACAGUACUCAGCCCUGCCACAGGAGGCGCAGUUUGCAAACAUGCUGGGGGUCCUGAUAGUUGUCUUCGGAUUGGCUGUGCUGAGGAUCCUGUCCAAUCAGGCGUGGCAGAGACCAGAGGGGGAGAACAGCGAGGUCACACAGCCACUGCUGCAGGACUGAGGAGAGUGAGCGAGCGAGACACUGCCUCCCCUUCUGCACUCGAGCGGAGAGGCUUGUCUGUGUUUCACCUUCCCGCUGAUUCACUGGGUUUCUUUAGAUUCAAAAGAAAAGCCUCUUUAUAUGUGUGUUUGUUUCAUUUGGGUUGUGUUCUCUUUGUAGAGAUUUAAAGUAAUCAUGCUUAAUAAAUGACUUUCUCCAUGGUG